AUGAAGAGUUCAAGCGAAGCUGGUCUCUUUCGUGCCUCGCUCUUUGAUUCAGCUCCUGAAGGGGCUGAAAGUACCGAUGACCAAGGACGAGUCGACCGUCAGCAACAACAGAAAACAUCCGAAGGCCAUGAAAGUGAACAUGAAGUGAGUAAUGACGAGGACGAAGACGAUUAUGAUGACGAGGAGCGUCUUGCUGAAGAGAUGUCUAUCAAGGCAUCCUUGGAAGAACAACAUCAGCACCUUCAAAACCAUUGGUCGCAGCAUGCCUCCCACUAUACCACACCUUUAUAUUUGAAUACUAUUCCAGAGCCAGAGAAUGAGCCGGAGUCGGAAGCCCAAGAUCAGGCUUUGCAGGAAUCUGCUCUGAGCACGUCUCAUGUGCCGGUGAUAGGAUCAGGGGAAGGCGAGGUAUACGAGCAAAUGAAGAUCGAUGGCCUGGAUCAUGUAUUUGAGCGAUUUACUCGACGGCUCGGAUCGGAAGCCCGUCAGGUUGUGCGCUACGAGUUCGGUGGGGUGCCCAUUCCAUUUAGUGGGAAGGGCUCGUUGUUCAAGCGAUUGUGGCCAAACGGACUGCAUGCUGGCUGCGACUCUUCGAGUGUGCCGGCGUGUGAGUAUUGUGGCGCACCGCGCGUUUUUGAGCUGCAGCUCAUGCCGAACCUAGCAAACUUGUUGCGUGCAGAAAAGUUGAGUGAUGCCGCUGAGAGCAACGGCGAAAACAGUAGUAACCAAGAAGCUCAGCGGCAAGCCGAAAUUGCCUCUUUAUUUGGGCUAGAGAGUGCUGUGACAAACAUGCGCACGGGGAUCGCUUGGAGUACCGCGAUUGUGUAUGUGUGUAGCCGCGACUGCUGCCAAAAUGAGUCUGAGGGCUAUGCCGAAGAAUGGGUCGGAUUGCAGCACGAGACCGAUGUGUAA